UAAAAUUGUAGUAUGGCUAGCCCACGUUGAGGGCAGCACAACGCAGAGCCGGUCGCAAGAUUUUGCUCGUGCUUUAACUCAACUUCUCUAGAUGAGAAUGCGCAAGAAUGCGUCACCCGUCAUUCGGGAUUAACGAUAAGGGUUACAAAUGGAUGAACAAGAACUCGUAUUAGCUGAAAGCGUAUUUCAAGUAGAGGAGGAAGUACAUGAAAGAAGUACUUUGAAGAAAGUGUUGAAGGAUGAAGAUGAUGAAAGGUCUUCAUAUAUUAAAAAAGUGUUGUCAAAUACCUCAACUUCUGAGUUUGUGAUGCAGGACCCUUUGGUGAUGUGCGUGAAUGGUUUUCCCAGAGCUGGUGAAGAGAUGGAAGAACGUUCCUGUUCCUCUGAAGGCGCCGCAGCAGCCUGUUCCAGCGAGGCACCCUCGCCGGCGAGAAGCCCCCCCAUCGGCGAACGCCAGAAGCAUUCGCUCAGGGGGCGUCUCAUAGGCCACAUGGACCACAUGGAGAGCGCCGCGGACGAGGAGAGCCGCUUCCAGUGCUCGCUCUGCGACACGACGUUCGCGCACGAGCACAGCUUGAAGCGGCACAUGCGCGCCCACGCCGGCGAACGGCGCUUGGAGUGCCCCAUCUGCCACAAGGGCAUUGUGGAUAAGGGCGCGUUGACGAGGCACAUGCGAACCCACACGGGCGAAAGACCAUUUGAAUGUUCGGUCUGCCAGAAGGGAUUUGCGGAAAGAAACUCCCUAAAUGUGCACAUGCGAAUCCACACAGGGGAAAAACCGUUGGAAUGUUCUGUCUGCCAGAAAAGCUUUUCGUAUUUGACGUCUUUGAAUAGGCAUAUGGUGAUCCACACUGGCGAACGACCGUUUGAAUGUUCUGUCUGCCAGAAAAGUUUCUCACAAAGGGGCCAUUUAAAUACUCACAUGCGGUUCCACACUGGGGAAAUGCCGUUUGAAUGUUCUGUCUGCCAGAAAGGUUGUACAGAUAAAGUAGCUUUAAUGAGACACAUGCGGACACAUACAGGAGAAAAACCAUUUGAAUGUUCCGUGUGCCACAAGAGUUAUUCAGAAAGAAAAACUUUAAAGGUUCACAUGCGUACCCACACAGGGGAAAAACCUAUGGAAUGUCCUGUGUGUCAGUCAAGCUUCUCACACAUGUCAUCUUUGAAAAGGCACAUGCGCACACAUACCGGCGAAACACCAUUUACUUGUUCUGUUUGCCAGAAGGGAUUUACUGAAAGAGCGAAUUUGAAAACGCACAUGCGGACACACACAGGCGAAAAACCAUUUAAAUGUUCUGUCUGUCAGAAGGGUUUUUCAGAAAAGAAAAAGGUUCUUAUACACAUGCGAACUCACAGUAAAAAGUCCCUCACAGGGGGUAAACCAUUGGAAUGUUCUGUCUGCCAGACCAGUGUACCAAAUUUGUCAACUUUGAAUAGGCACAUGCGAACACACACAGGCGAAAAGCCAUUUGAAUGUUCUGUUUGUCAGACGAGCUUCCCACAUUUGUCCUCUUUAAAUAGGCACACGCGGAUCCACACUGGCGAAGUACCUUUUCAAUGUUCUGUUUGCCAAAAGGGUUUCAAAGAAAGAGGCAAUUUAAAAAGGCACAUGCGGACUCACACAGGCGAAAGACCGUUUGCGUGUUCCAUUUGUCAUAAAGCUUUUUCAUACAGAGGAAUUUUGAAUACCCACAUGCGGACUCACAAGGGAAAGAGAGUUUGAAAAUCCCGUCCACCUCAAGGCUUUUUGAGAAAGUAGAAAUUCAAGAAACUCCCAUUCGGUCUCGCAUAGAAGACUUACCAAUGGAAAGUACUCUUUCACAUCACUUUCUCAAAUGUGACUCGUUGAACAGGCACAUGCGGGUUUCAUAAGCGAAAGACGAGAUUGUUACGACAGCCAGAAGGGUUCUUGAUGCCUCGCAUACUACUUCAUUCAGGGGGAAAAUCUUUUGAAUGUUCUGUAGACCGUGUUUCCCUGAAUAGGGAGGCUUAAAUACGCACACAUGGACUCACUCAGUUGAGUCGUACAUGUUGCAUUGCGGAGAGAUUUGCACAGAGAAGGGUCUGAUUUGCACUUUGUAUUCUCACAGGGGAGGCCGACGCGUUAUAAACUACUUGUUCUGUUGCAAGAAAUCGUUCAUAAUCGGUCAUUUUACGGCAAAAAUGGUGACGUAUUAACAUUUUACGGCACCAUUGAUUGCGUCAUCACAC